CAACAUAUCAAAAUACCAUUCGAUCCUCCAUUCAUUUCCGGGUCUUGCACAAUAUUCAAACCCUAAAUUUUUUCGAAUACCAGACACCUAAAAUUUAAAAUCCGCGCCGCUCCUCUCAAAAUUUCAAAUCCCUCCCUCUCUUUCUCUCCCCUUUUCACUAUAAAAUCAACACCCCACAGCCCGCUCUACUUACCGCCAGGAAAAAGAAGAAGAAACCAGUCCCUAGUUUUCUUAAUCGAAAAAAACUCUUCAGAAAAAUGCCUGCAAUCCCAGAAGAACCCCUCCUGGCUGAAAACCCAGACCGGUUCUGUAUGUUCCCCAUUCAGUACCCAUCAAUCUGGGAGAUGUACAAGAAAGCUGAGGCCUCCUUUUGGACUGCUGAGGAGGUCGAUCUCUCGUCGGAUAUCCGCCACUGGGAAAACCUGACUCCCGACGAGAAGCACUUCAUCUCUCAUGUCCUUGCCUUCUUCGCCGCCUCUGAUGGGAUUGUCCUCGAAAAUCUCGCCGGGCGUUUCAUGAAAGAGGUCCAAGUCUCGGAGGCGCGUGCUUUUUACGGAUUCCAGAUCGCGAUUGAGAAUAUCCACUCCGAGAUGUACAGUCUUCUGUUGGAGACUUAUAUCAAGGAUUCUGAGGAGAAGAAUCGCCUGUUUCAUGCUAUCGAAACGGUGCCGUGCGUGGCUAAGAAGGCACGGUGGGCCUUGCGGUGGAUUGACGGGAGCGAGAGUUUCGCGGAAAGGCUAGUUGCUUUUGCUUGCGUGGAAGGGAUAUUUUUCUCGGGGAGUUUUUGUGCGAUAUUUUGGUUAAAAAAGCGUGGGUUGAUGCCGGGGCUAACCUUUUCGAACGAGUUGAUCUCGCGAGAUGAAGGGCUUCAUUGUGAUUUCGCGUGCCUGCUCUACAGCUUGCUGAGGAAGAAGCUGAGUGAGGAGCAAGUGAGAGGGAUAGUGAAGGAUGCUGUGGAUAUUGAGAGGGAGUUUGUGGUGGACGCGCUGCCAUGCGCGUUGGUAGGGAUGAACGGGGAGUUAAUGAGUCAGUAUAUUGAGUUCGUAGCUGAUAGGAUGUUGGGUGCGCUUGGGUGCGGGAAGGUGUACAAUGUGGCCAAUCCAUUCGAUUGGAUGGAGUUGAUAUCUUUGCAAGGGAAGACUAAUUUCUUCGAGAAAAGAGUAGGAGAGUAUCAAAAGGCCUCAGUUAUGUCUAGUAUUAAUGGGAAUGGUGGGAAUCAUGUGUUUAAGAUGGAUGAAGAUUUUUAGAGUCUUUGUUUGUGGAUUUAGGAUCAUGGAUCUCUUACUGCUUUUAUUUCAUUAUUAUUGUUAUUAUUAUACGGGGGUUCCCCCCUUUCAAUUUGCUCGCUUCUGUGUCUGUGUUUUCGCACAUAUGCUUUGAAACUUCGAUUUCCAGACCCAAAUUUCAAAAUCGAACAAAAUCUUUUUAAAAAAAAAAACAUAAAAAUUCUCAAAGUAGAGGUAGUGUUCUUAGCACUUAAAAUCAUGUAUCCGCACCGUCCCCCUUAAUAUUCAACGUGCAUUAAAUAGUGUUGUCGCUAGUGUUUCAUGCUGCCGCUUAUGCGUCUGUUAGGUUCCGUGUCAAGGGUAUUUGUCUGCAUGUCCGGUUUCAUCCAGGGAUCGACAAGGACCACACCAUCUUUUCUUUCAUUGAUGGAUUGGUGGAAUUUGACAGGAAGGAGGCGGAUUCUAUAUCUUAAACCUCACAGUUUGUGUGAGUGGUUGAUAUUCCAAACUGAAAUGCAUAAUGGUGUUGCAUGGUUGCCAGAUUAGUGUGUACCCACGAGAAAUCCAGCCUGAGCUGUCGGGCAAGGAAGAGAGAAUGCUUCAGGCUGCAGUGUGAACGUAAAAAGGCAAGAAAGGAAGGUAUCGUUGCUCAGCAACAGCUAGUGCUUGCCUCCAAUGCAUCACGCUGCGGAUAGCAGCCCAGUCUGCUGAUUUUGAAAGUUGGUGCUCUUUCUUAAUUGCUUUUGCUUUAUGCUUGUUGCAAACAGAUGGGUACCACUACAACAAUUUGUUCUUUGUGCAUUAUUAUCAACGUGUUAAUAGUUGCUUUAUCAGAAGUCAUUUGUUUACCUUCUUUGGAAUCUGAAUUUAUGAAAAUCUGCCUGUCUGCUACAUUUCUAUCA